CGGGCCAGCGGCGGGACGAUCCGGGGCGGGGUCUGAGGAGCCGUCUCACUGGGGGAGCCUCCGCUGGGAACUCCUUGUCGGGCCGGCGCUAAAGGGUAGAGGCGCGUUGUGGCCGGACUCACCUCGUGACUUCGGAGUCCUCUCCUCGGCUCAUGCCCCCAAAGCAGGUCCCGUCUCCGCGGUCCCACGGCCCUCUACACCCGUCCACCUCAACGCCGCCAGCUGCCAGGCCGCCCUUGACGCACUACGCCUGCGCCGCCGCACCGCCCCGUGACGUCACGACGCCCGCGCCGCCUCCGUCGCCGCGGUCGCGCGAGUCUUCCUAGUACCCUGGGAGCUAGCUGUGGAUGUUCACAAGGAUUGUCUUCAGUCAUGGCCUUGGGUUUAAGGUGCUUCCGCUUGGUCCACCCUGCCUUUUGCAACUCCCUUGCAGCCUUGACCAGACCUGUUUCAGAAGUUACACUGAAGACAGUGAGUGGAAGCCGAAAUAACCAUGGACAAUACAUGGCCUAUCCAGCUGUACCGGUCUGCCAUUUUGCUACCAAGAAAGCCAAAGCCAAAGGGAAAGGACAGUCCCAAACCAGAAUGAAUCUUAACACUGCCUUGGUUGAGGAUAUAAUCAGCUUGGAAGAAGUGGAUGAAGAGAUGAAGUCUGUGAUAGAAGCACUCAAGGAUAACUUCAAUAAGACUGUCAAUAUAAGGACCUCACCAGGAUCCCUUGAUCAGAUCACUGUGGUAACUGCUGAUGGGAAGCUUGCUUUAAACCAGAUUGGCCAGAUCUCCAUGAAGUCACCACAGCUGAUUUUGGUGAAUAUGGCCAGCUUCCCAGAGUGUACAGCUGCAGCUAUCAAGGCUAUAAGAGAAAGUGGAAUGAAUCUGAACCCAGACGUGGAAGGGACGCUAAUUCGGGUACCCAUUCCCAAAGUGACGAGGGAGCACAGGGAAAUGCUGGUGAAACUGGCUAAACAGAACACCAACAAGGCCAAAGAGUCUUUACGGAAGGUGCGGACCAACGCAAUGAACAAGCUGAAGAAGUCAAAGGACAAAGCCUCGGAGGACACCCUCAGGCUCAUAGAGAAGCAGAUCAGCCAAAUGGCCGACGACACAGUUGCAGAGCUGGAGAGGCAUCUGGCAGUGAAAACCAAAGAACUCCUUGGCUGAAAAUCCACCAGGGGCCAGCAUUGCUCCAGAGCCCAGUUCCUAGUGGAUCCCAUGGGUGGCAGAUUGGCCUCUCUCUACCCCAUCCACACAAAGGCUGUCACCCUGCAGCUGUCAGUCUGCGUGAGGCCCAGCCUUCCAGUGGGACAUUGUUCAAUCUCUUCCUGCUGUCCUCAUCUGCUCUGGGCCUUCUGGCAUGGGUGGCCCUUGGAGAAUGUCUGUUGCUGACAGAGGGCCUUUACUUGACCCAUCUGUCUGGACUGUGACGUCACCAAGCUAUCAGGACCAUUGGCAGGCUUACACUGCUUGCUUCUCGUCAUGAGAGCCUCCUUUCAAACAGUUAGUCAGGCCCUGUUCCUAUCUUUGAAUUCCGAUUGGGCUAACAUGGAACCUACCUGUGCCUGGAUACCUUUGCUAGAGGCCCAUUUUUACCAAACAAUAAAAUCUAAAUAACUUGGAAAGAAUAACAACCACAAAGGAAA